AUCAAGUCAACUACUGAAUGAUAUGAAACUGGUCUGGAUAUUCAUCUCCUUGCAGCUAAUGCUCCUGGCGACUUCCCUCAACGCCAGAAGAUGUGUCCGUCCCACGUCGACUAGCGUUGCACCAGGAACUACGUCGAAACCAACGUCAACCACACCCAAUCCCACAGAUGACGACUCAAUGGAAACAUCCCUAGGAACAACUGAUACUUCGACGCCAGGACCCACCGACGAUGAUCCAACUGAUGCCUCCUCUGACCCAUCGGGAGAAACUACUGAUGCACCAUCGGAUCCAUCGGAAGAAACUACUGAGGCUCCAUCGGAUCCAUCCGGAGAAACUACUGGUUCACCUUCGGAUCCAUCGGGAGAGACUACUGACGCUCCAUCGGGUCCAUCCGGAGAAACUACUGGUUCACCUUCAGAUCCAUCGGGAGAGACUACUGACGCUCCAUCGGAUCCAUCCGGAGAAACUACCGGUUCAUUUUCGGAUCCAUCCGAAGAGACUACUAUUGCACAAUCGGAUCCAUCGGAUGAAUCUACUGAUACACCCCCAACAACAAAAGCUCCUCCCAACAUAGACGCGACCGCCGUUUGCCAGGCAUAUCCAACAGCGCACUACUUGCAAUAUCCCUACGAUUGUCAUAUGUUUAUCCAGUGCGAUGGUAAUGUGGGAUAUAUACAUACUUGUCCAGACGAGCUCUUCUGGGACUCGAAGGAAUUAACCUGCGGUACGGCUUGUAAAUAAAGUGUUAUGAAAAGCAGGUUUCAAGCCUCCAUGCAUUUUA